AUGAUGAGUAUACCUUUCAAUGUCAAAGAGUUCGAUACCAUAGUGCAAGCAUUUUAUGAGGGAAAGAACAGCACCGAGAGACAAAAAGCACAAACGGUACUGACAGAGUUUCAAAGCGAUGCAUCAUCAUGGCAGUUGGUGGAUAAGAUUCUUGAGCAAUCCAACUGUCUACAGUCCAAGUUUAUUGCACUUGGUGUGUUGGAAGACUUUAUUAAAGUGCGCUGGAACACGAUCCCUAUAGAGCAGAGAGUUGUGAUGCGAGACUACAUUGUCAAAGCAAUCAUCCAGCUGUCAUCAAAUGAAACGACGCUUAGAUCUGCCGUUUUGAACAAAUUUGAUCUUGUGUUGGUUCAGAUUGUCAAGAAAGAUUGGCCACAGUACUGGCCAUCCUUCAUUCAAGAGAUAGUAGACUCCAGUGUAUCUAAUGUGCAUCUAUGCGAAAAUAAUAUGAAGAUCUUGAGAUAUUUAAGCGAAGAGGUGUUUGACUUUUCUGUAGACCAUAUGACAGUGGCUAAAAUGCACAAGCUGAAAGAUCAGAUGGUAAAUGAAUUUGGAUCUAUAUUCGAUUUAUGCAAGACGAUACUGGCUCAAAAGGAUACAAACGCACACUUGACCAAGGCGACUUUGGAAACACUGCAGAAGUUUAUAUGCUGGAUUCCCGUACAAUUUGUAUACCAACAGGAUCUAGUCCAGCUACUGCAAGCAAAUAUCAAAGGAGACCAAAGAAAUCUGGCCCUUCAAUGCUUUGCAGAAAUCAUUAGUUUGGAUCAUGUUGACAGCCAGCAAUACAGUGACAUUAUAUUCAGUAUCUAUACGACCGUUUGCUCAGAAAUUGCCAAUACUAUCUCGAAAGAAUCAGACAUAGCUCAGCAAUAUAUUGAAUCAGACAGCUACGAUCAGGAUUUCAUACAAGUGCUGGCGACUUUCUUGACAACUAUGCUCUCAAAGUACAGAUUACUCAUUGAGGGAUUGAACGGCGGAGAAACGAGUGUACAUGAAAUGCUGUUUGUCUUGCUAAAGAUCUCCCAAGUGCCCGAGCGAGAAGUGUGGAAGAUUUGCCUUGAAUAUUGGGGAAAAUUGGCAUAUGAUGUACUUCAAGAUACAAAUCAUGGACAAACAACACCUUAUCAGGAUAUAUUGAAGCAACUGUGUUCCAUCAUGGUUCAAAACAUGGUAAAACCAGACGACGUAUUUGUCAUUGAGAACGACGAAGGAGAAAUCAGCCGAGAAUUCAUUAAACAGAGCGAUACAACUGCAUUAUCAAAAUCCAUGCGUCAUGUGUUUGGCUUGCUUACAACCUUAGAUCCAACCUAUGUUCAGUCUUUGAUUCGAGAACAGCUCAAGCAACUGCAACUAGAUGGUGCAAGUGCAAUUUGGUCAUGGGAUCAGCUAUUUCGUAUCUGUUGGGCUAUUGGUAUGAUGUCUGGCGCCAUCUCAGAACAACAAGAGAGCCAGUUUCUUCAAACUGUGUUGACAGGAGAUCUGUAUCAGCUUUUACAAAAAGAAGAGACGGCCGGCAAUCUUGACCAGCAGUGGGUUGUAGCAUCAUGCAUGCUUUAUAUUGCUACCCAGUAUCCUCACUUUCUCAAGUCAACUUGGACAUUCACGUCUUGGUUACUGCAAAGGGUGUUUUCAUACAUGCAAUGUCAGCAAGACGGCCUGAAAGAAAUGGCUUGUGAUUCGUUCUUAAAGAUAUGUCAAGGCUGUAAAGAUGAAAUGGUGGUUUCUCAUCAGCUAGCGAGUGGAGAAUACUCUGGUUGUGUUCUGGAGACAGUGCUCACUGACCUGAAACGGUUGACUAGUCAAUUAAACUCACAUCAGAUAUGUAUUCUUUACGAAGCUGUGGGCACCAUGAUAUCAGCAACAUCAGACGUGCAAUUGCAGGGUCGAUACAUACACUCUCUCAUGGAGAUACCCAAUGAAAUGAUCAAGCAGUCAAUGGCAAACAUCAAUGCAACAAGCUCAAUGAAAACGAUUAUCAACACGAUCAAAGCCAACAUCGUGGCUUGCAGACCUGUUGGACCUAUCUUUCGGGAGCAGUUGCAGCAUUUGACACCCAUUCUCGUGGAGUGCUAUACAGUCAUCGGCCAACAAAUACAAGCACGAGGACCACAAGAGCAACUUUAUCUGCGAGCAAGACAGCUCAUCGUAGAACUACUCGAGACGUUCAUUCUAUCCAACGACAGAUUGGAUAUUCAAGACCAAACCAUGCUGACCAGUUUACUGACAGUGAUUCUGAUGGACUAUAAAAAUUCAACCAAGCCUGAAGCGAGGGAGCCCAAUGUAUUGGGGUUACUGACAUGUCUAUUUGAGAAGAUGCAGGACCCUAUAUGGCCUGAUUUGUUAAAGGAAACCAUUGAUAUUGUAUUUGUAGCGACGUUACCCAUGAUCACUGCCAACUUUGUGGAUUAUCCAGAGUGUCGACAUGAAUUCUAUCGACUCCUCAAAGUCUUGAACAAGAGAUGCUUCAUCGACUUGUUCCAAUCAUCGCAGCUAUUCCAAGUCAACAUGGACAGUAUCAUGUGGGGCACCAAGCACACCAUUCGAGAUAUCUCACAGAUAGCACUUCAAACUUGUCUUCAUAUGGUCAGCGAAGUGUCACAGAUGGAGGACGAAGACGUCUCCAGCCAGUUCUUUGAGACCUAUUAUGUGCGUAUUCUUACUGACAUAUUGGAAGUUCUGGUAGAUCCUGACUGUAGAAAUGGAUUUAAUUAUCAAAGCCAAAUCCUUGCUCGAAUGCUUGAAUUGGUGCAAGAGGGAGAGAUUUACACUAGACUGUUCAACCCAGAUCAAGUAUCCAAUCCUUUGAUGUCUAAUGUAGAAUUCCUGCAACAGUAUGUGCUGGAUUUGCUAUGCAAUGCUUUCCCACUACUACACAGAGACCAGAUCGAGGUCCUCGUCAUGGGCAUGUUUGAAUACAGCGGAGAUCUGCAAAGGUUCCAAAAUGAUAUUCGAGAUUUCCUCAUUGACAUUAGAGAAGUCAAUGAUGAAAGCGAGGGCAAGCAAAAGGCCCAAGACGAACUGAACGCAGAAUUGGAGUUAUUGCGAGGUUUAUAA